UGUAUAGUCGGCAGAGUGUUGACGUGAACAACGGUGCUCCAUCGUAAAUAGUGGAAUAUACUGCACACACCGUGGUGUUUCUUUGGUUUGUACGUUAACGGGUCGUGUAUCUUUUAUUUUAAAGGGUAAUCAUCGUCAGUUGGUGCUGGAUCGGGUUUAUGGAGCAGGUUUCUGAGAUGCGCUCCGCUGUGUUUUGGGCUGCGCAGUGCGCUUUGCUCCCGCUGCUGCUGACUGGGACUGCUGCAGUGUAAACAACACUGUCCGAGCCUGCUGCUGUCUGUGUGGACCAAAACACAUAACGACACAUAGCCAAUGAUAGUUGACUCUUCAUCUUAAACAAGAACGUUUAUAGUCAUGAAUGCUCCGUGUUAUUUUCCUUUGCGACACGACUUAAUUUCUGCAGCGGAGGAACUGGCUUUCUCUUUUUAAUCAAACAAUCAAUCUGCACAUCUGCUACCUCUAAGAAGCAAGCAGAUGCUCAUUACAUCGUAGUCGAAUGGAUUUUGCUGCAAAGGAAGUAUCACCUCAUUCUUAAAUUUCGGGAAAAUGAGCGACAACCAGGAAGCAUCAGAUGCUGAGGACACGACACCGUCCGAGAGCGCGACCUUGCCGCUCCGGCCGCCCUCCGAACGCCCCACUUGCAACAAGACCGGCGUGUGCUCCCGCUCCUACUUCGUAGUAGUGAUGGUGUUUUUUCAUGUAUAUAUUAUCAAUGUUAUUGCACUGCUAUUUUAUGUGCACUACAAUAGCGGGCAGGAAGAUACCAGCCAGGGUCGUGAUGCUACAAGCAGUAACCAGCAGCAGCCCGAGUCGCCACGUCCGCCAUCAAAACCCGAGUUCCUGCGCGUCGGUUCUCUGACAAGAAUCGAGGGGAUAAGGGUGGGACACGUCCAAAAGGUGUCACUGAUGCAAAACAAAGUGCAUGAAAUGAGGACUUUGAGUAUGAAACCUCUGCUUUUUGAGAUCCCUGGGUUUUUGUCGGAUGAUGAGUGCCGCGUUGUGAUGCAGCUUGCACAGCUGAAGGGUCUAAUGGAGAGCCAGCUUAUGGUGCAGGAAGGUCAGGAAGAGCUGGCCAAGGAGCUCAACCUCAGCCCAGAGGAGAUCUUCAACCUUCUUGAUAUCAACCAAGAUGGACAGUUGCAGCUCCAUGAGAUACUGACUCAUUCUCGAGUUAGGGACGGCAUCUGGCUCACCCCGGAGAAUCUGCGAGAAAUCUAUACCGGGCUCAAAGCUGACAAGGAUGGUGAUGGUUUGCUGAGUCUAGAAGAGUUUAGGCUUCUGAGUAAUGAUGCCUUCCAGCGCUUCCUUCUGCAGCGAGGGGUGAAGAGGAGUCAGCUGGUGAGGAACAGCAGACACACGUGGCUGUAUCAGGGCAAAGGAGCACACCAGGUCCUCCAAGACAUCAAGACGAGGGUGACUCGCCUGACUCGGCUCCCACCCUCAUUAGUGGACCUCAGUGAACCGCUACAGGUGGUUCGCUACGAGCAAGGAGGACACUACCAUGCCCACCAUGACAGCGGCCCUGUGUAUCCUGAAACAGCCUGCACACACACGCGCCUCGCGGCCAACACCUCUACUCCUUUCGAGACGUCUUGCAGGUACAUCACAGUUCUCUUCUACCUGAACUCUGUUGAGGGGGGCGGGGAGACCGCAUUCCCUGUGGCAGACAACAGGACCUAUGAUGAAGUGUCCCUCAUACAGAAUGAUGUGGACCUUUUGGACACCAGAAGGAAUUGUGACAAGAGUAACCUGAGGGUGAAACCUUCCAAAGGGACAGCUGUUUUCUGGUACAACUAUCUUUCGGAUGGAAAAGGUUGGGUAGGAGAGCAGGAUGAAUAUGCUCUGCAUGGGGGAUGCAUGGUCACCAAGGGCACUAAGUGGGUUGCAAAUAAAUGGAUCAACAUCGACCCGGAUUACCAGCGGCAGGCUCGCUACCAGCAGCUGGUUUCACAGCAGUCAGAGGACGAUGAUGAGGAAGAUCUGACUCUAAACCAGGAGACGCAGAGUUCUGAUAUCCAUCAAGACUUGUAGCUCAUUAACCAAAAAUAAAAAUAAAAACCUACUUAGCCUUCCUCAGUCAUGUGCACAACGUCUUUGGCAACAUCCUCUGUGGCCAGUAUGUAGAGACAAGGUUUAUUCAGGGAAUGAGGUCACAGUGGGUUUAUGCAACUGUAAAGAGAUGCUUUUGUUUAGUAUUGCUCGGAUAUUGUUAUCCUGUUAUUUUUGAAUCCCUCAUAAUUUACCAUUUUAGGAAUGUUGCACUAGAAACUCUUUAAAAAAUCCCUUUGCAUGUAUUAGCUUCACAGAUUUUGCUGUUGCUAUGAGCAGAAAUUGCACUUGAAAAUUGAAAUGGCUACUGUAAACAUUUCAAUGUCCUAUGUUGUUAUUGCUGCCAUUACCAAAAAAGGCUGACACACUGUCACCGUGAUGCAUGUGGUCUUGUAUUUGUUCUUUGAAUUCCUUGUUAUUUUCUACCAAAUUCUUCUUCAAAAAGGUAUCGUUUGUGUUUCAUGGAUUUUAUUUAUUUUUUCUCUAAAAUGCACUCUAUCACUC